AUGUCGGAGAACCUCUAUAAGGCAAAAACCAUUCGGACCCACCCCUAUAGAGUAAACCCUGAGGUUUUCCAUGCAGAUGGCAGGGUUUUACUGGGUAGAGAUGUCAUCAAGGAGCAUAUUGUCCAGUUUCAUGAGAAGCUUUUGACGGAGCAAUACACUUGGAGGCCCAAGGUUGACGAACUAGAAUUUGAUUCCAUUGAUCACUCAAGUGCGACUUGGUUGGAGAGGCCUUUUGAUGAAAACGAGGUUCUUGGAGUGUUAAAAGGUAUGAAUAAAGAUAAAGCUCCUGGAUUUGAUGGUUUUUCAAUGGCUUUCUUUUAUGCUUGUUGGGACAUUGUCAAGGAGGAUCUUAUGAAGGUUUUUAUUGAAUUUCAUACUCACGAAAUUCGAGAAGAGCCUCAAUGCCUCUUUCAUCACCCUUAUUUCCAAGAGGGCAAGUUGAGCGAAGUAUUGGGAAAGAUCAUCUUGAAGUCCCAAAACUCUUUUGUGAAAGGAAGACAAAUUCUUGACUCUGCCCUCAUCGCCAAUGAGUGCCUAGAGAGUAGAAUCCGAUCUGGCAUUCCAGGUACGGUUUUGGGGCACGAUGGUGCCAGUGGAUAA